GUCUAAACCCUGAGCAGGAGAGGAAGAGGAAGGUCCUGCAGGUUCAUAAGACACAGCGUGAGACUGGGGAAGUCAGUGUGUCACCGUGCUUGGAGCUUUGCUGCCCAGUCUCUGGACUCGUUCACCAUCAGUCUCUUCCCACAAGAGAAUGUACAAAAUGAUGCCGAGGUCUCUCUGCAACAGUUUGCCAGCUGGUUUGAUGUUGGGUUUCUUUGUUUUCCUGCUUCAACCAGUUUCCACACAGAAAAACAGAAAUCGAAUGUAUUUCUUGGAUAAUGGAGAUGACAUUGUGUUAAACGGACCGGACAAUGCUGAGAAAGCCACUGUUAUUGUCUGGGAAUGGAAACCACACUCAGGGAAGGAAAUCGGAAACUUGUCGACUUUUAGAAGAACGGGGAACUAUUGGAUCAAAGAUAACGCCGCUGGCAACUUGUACCCGGAGAUGAAAGUGAAUACCAGUACCCUUGCUCUAACAAUUGAUAAACCCACAUUUAAAUUGGCGGGAAUUUUCACUUUGAAUCAAACAGAACCGAUAAAGCAAAUCCUGAAACAAUAUGAAAUAUUUGGGAUGAAAGUUGAGGCAAGUCCACGGAGGCCUCUGCUGGGCAGUGACGUUACACUCAGCUGCACCAUCUCCAGACUCUCAGAUACAGUCAGUCUUCACUGGAGACCCAUGGACUCAUCCCAGCAGAACAGGAGCAACACUGAUCAGAUCCGCCUGGAUAACACAGUCUAUCUGAUGGUUCAACACGUUACAGUGGAGGAUGGGAAGCUGUAUGUGUGUGAAGUGCGGGAAAAUGGAAACAUUCUUCACACAAGUAACGGAGAUUUUACUGUAAACAAGUAUUUAUAUAAUGGGAUAUACACACUUUACCGCUCCAGCACCGGUCACACUAUUCCCGUGCUCAGUGGUUCUGGACACCUCAUCCCCAUCAACAGCUGA